AUGAUGAUGAACAUCUAUUUAUCAAUAGUCUUCAGAAUUAAUCAUGAUAUUGUGGGGCAAAAGUUCAAAAUAAACGACACCUUUGAUAUCUCAUCAAAUAGACAACAUAUAUAUUCUAUUGGUGACUAUCGACUUAGUAAAUGUGUUCCUUUUAAGAAAAGUGUUUCUUUAUCGCCUUCUAUCGAAAGCAUUUUAGUACAAUGUGAUUCUAAUAAGCGAAAUGUGUAUAAAAAUGGGCAUCCAUUAAUAAAUGAAAAACCAAAAGUGCGAGAGCGUUUAAAAACAUGGAAAAAGAAGGAUACUGAGCAUGGCCGAACAAAACCGCCCAGCAUUCUAAUGAUUGGCAUCGAUAGUAUAUCGCGUGUAAAUUUGAUAAGAGCCAUGCCGAAGACAGCGCAGUACCUAUACGACAAUGAUUGGUUCGAAUUAAGUGGCUAUAAUAAGAUAGACGACAAUACAUUCCCGAAUUUUAUGGCUGUACUUGCUGGCUACAAUAAGGACAAUACAGUUACGAAAUGCCCUCCAAGAGUUUUGGGUGCCUUAGACAACUGCAGCUUGAUCUGGAAUGCAUUUCGUGAGCAUGGCUAUGUGACAGGUUACGGCGAAGAUGCAGCAGAUAUUAGCACAUUCAACUACUAUAAGGUGGGAUUUACGAAACCGCCUGUAGACUAUUACUUACGUCCAUUCCAACUGGCUGCGGAACAUCAUUUACAUAAAACAUAUAAGUCUGGUCUCACCUUUUGCCUCGGCUAUCAGCAGUCUGCACAAUUCGUGUUAGAUUAUGCCAUUGAAUUUGCCGCACGUUUCAAAGACCAACCAUUAUUCGGUUUAUUUUGGGCCAAUUCAUUCAGUCACAACAACUUAAGUGACUGCUCAUCGAUGGAUGUCGUAGUGCUCGACUACUUGGAACGUUUAGCGAGAUUAGGCAUACUCGAACACAUGAUUGUUGUAUUCUUCAGCGAUCACGGUCUACGUUUUGGACCUGCACGCACAACCGCAUCCGGUCAUAUGGAGGAACGUUUGCCAUUCAUCUUUCUUUGGUUGCCACAGUAUCUGAAGCAAAAAUACCCAAGCUUUGUAAAUGCUUUAAGCGUGAAUAAGAAUCGUUUAACCACACCGUAUGAUCUGCACAUGACACUAAAGCAUUUCCUUGGCAUGUCCGAGCGUGUUGAAGAUAAAUCCAAGUUUCUAACUGCGGCUGAAGGCUGCCCGAAUUGCCAAACGCUUUUAGAACCAGUGCCUUUGGAUCGUUCUUGUAACGAUGCAGCCAUCGAUGAACACUGGUGCACCUGUAUACCCUACAGUAAGGUGCAUAAAAACUCGAAUAUCAUACAAAAAUUAGGCAAUUCAACGGUUAACUACAUAAAUGAAUUGGUGCGUAACUUUCGAAAUGGCACAGUUGCGUCUCAAUGUCGCGCUUUGCAGCUCCACAAUGUCGUAAGUGCGCACCGCUCGUAUGAGGCUUUCAGACCGAAAGAUGCAAACGGCACUGCAUUGGAUGUGUAUCGUCUGCACUUCGUUACAAAACCGAAUAGUGCCGAUUUUGAGGUAACACUGCGCUACAAUCCAGAGACCGAGGCUAUGCAUAUUACAGGUGAAAUAAGCCGCCUGGAUUCAUAUUACAAAGAUUCGCAUUGCAUAUCGGACAGCUUCGUGAAGAAAUAUUGCUCUUGUGCCUAGCACAAAACCACAACUUCGGCGGCGAAUCAUAGCACAACGAAUAAAGCGCACUGAUCAAUGUGGACCGCCUUCCAACGUGGAGGGAGGUGAAUAUCUCGUUUAAUUUAGAAUUUAAUUUGUACAAUAAUUAAAAAUGUCACUUAAGUUUCGAAAAAUAUUUGCUUAAGUAUGUAGAGAACUCAUUUCUAUAGUCUCAAUUUUUUACGCUAUGUAAGGAAUUUUCAUUUCUCUAAAUGCUUCUAGACUGAGAAUGUAAAUCUUAAAUUUUUCUAGUAAUCAUUACAAUUUAAUAACCAUACUUGUCGAAAUUGCAUCAAUAAGUCAUUGCUAAUUGCGAGGAGGUGGCGUAUUGCUUAAAGGAAAGUACUUUGAAAGAGCUCAUUUAAUGCGCUCUCCUAGGAAUCUGACGGUAUUAAGAAGAAAGAAUGAACGUGAAGAAAAAACUCGUUAAAAUUCAGAAUUCAAGAAAAUAAUGCUCUGGCGUGUGGUUUUGAAGUAAAAUAUAAAAUUAUGCUGAGAGUUUCAUUUGAAAAUCCACCAAUAAAAAGACAAAGGACGGAUGACAUCAGGACGCAAACCAAAAACUGCGUGACUUAUUGAUCAAUUGUUACAGGCGUGGGUAGGUCCAUUUGCAUAUCGAUAUACGAAUGAAUGUACAUAUGUGCUAAAUCACAAAGUUUAACAAUAAUUGCAUACGCUUGCCAAAACUAAAUGUAACUACAAAUGUUUUAAAGGUAACAAUAUACAAUAAAUAAUUUUAUCAUAUAGUAAGUACUACAUAGUAUUAAAUGAUAAUCGAAAUGCUUUAGUGUUACGCAUACAACAACAAUAUUACACUUAAGUAUCCUUGAAUAAGUAUAACUUUUUACAAAUGCUAAUAUACUGUGAUUUGUAGUCAAUACUUUAACUUAAGGUGAUAAUAAAUUAAUUCAUAUUUUCUAUAAA